GGACAUCAUAUUCCCAAAAAAAAAAAAAAAAGGGGAAAAGGUCAGCAGAAGUUGAUUGAUUUAGGAGUGGCACAUGGGUUGGGUCAGCACGCGCCCUUGGUUACAUUGAGGGCUUCGCAGGACAAAAUUGGAGCGAGGUCAAAAUCCGGUUAAUCAUCUGGGGCUUAGAUUUUCAGCCGCCUGUCUGGACCCUCGGACCACCAUGGACUACCACAACAAGCUCGUACUCGCUCCUAUGGUUCGCGUUGGGACGCUGCCGUUUAGAUUACUAGCUGCAGAGUAUGGUGCAGACAUUACAUACGGGGAGGAGAUUAUUGAUCAUAAAAUGCUCAAAUGCGAGCGCAGAGUAAAUGAACAUAUUGGAUCCAUAGAUUUUGUGGAGAAGGGGACUGAAAGUGUUGUUUUCAGAACGUGCAAUGAAGAAAGGAAGCGUGUGGUAUUUCAGAUUGGCACCUCAGAUGCUUUAAGGGCUCUGACUGUUGCUCAGAUGGUGUGUAAUGAUGUUGCUGCAGUAGAUAUAAAUAUGGGUUGUCCCAAGUCGUUUUCUUUGAGUGGGGGAAUGGGCGCAGCACUGUUGGCUAAACCAGAUCUUAUUCAUGAUAUAUUAACAACCUUAAGAAGGAACUUGAACAUCCCAGUAACAUGUAAGAUUCGCCUAUUAAAAUCACCUCAAGAUACUGUGGAACUAUCCAGACGUAUUGAGAAAACUGGAGUCUCUGCUCUUGCUGUCCAUGGAAGAAAAGUCGCAGAUAGGCCAAGAGAUCCGGCUAAGUGGAGUGAAAUUGCUGAUGUUGUAGCAGCAUUAUCCAUUCCAGUUAUAGCAAAUGGUGAUGUCUUUGAGCAUGAUGAUUUUUACCGCAUUAAGCUUGCUACAGGUGCCUCAUCUGUGAUGGUUGCAAGAGGGGCUCUCUGGAAUGCUUCAAUUUUCUCCUCCCAGUGUAAAUUACCUUGGGAAGAUGUGAAAAGAGAAUAUGUUCGGAAGAGCAUCUUGUGGGAUAAUGAUAUUAAAAGCACAAAGCACACGCUGAAGGAAAUGAUAAUGCAUUAUUCUUGCCUUGAACUUGCAGAGGGGAAGGCCGUGAUAAAAUCGAAUUCCUUGGCAGAUUUAGCGGGGAGGAUUCUGAUGAUUUAUGCUAGAAGUCAUGCAGAAGCAUUCCUGGGCUGGAUUAAUCCAGCAAGCCGUGGAAAUUCAAAGCUUCUAUGGCUCAGGAGCUCUCCGAAUGCAGUUAAGCUGGAGGUCUCAGAGCAUUUGUUUCUUGUAGGCUUGUAGCUUAAACAUUUAGUCGGUAUAGCAUCCCAAACUUAUUUUUUUGUUGUAAUGAUUUUCACGCGUUUUUUUCAAUACAAGUGAUGGAGAAGUUAAAGGGUAUAUCAUACAUGUAAGGAUAAAACUCAAUUCAAAUUUUUUGAACAAAGUUCAUUUUUUUUAGUUUAA